AUGAUGGAAGCAGUGCAACCCGGAAACGAGGGCACCGAUUCCCGUGCAGGGCCGAAGGGGCGCGAGAGGUUGGAGACGAUGUCCGGGACCGCCCAGCAAGGGGAGUAA